AGAUAUCCGUUUAUUAGUUUGACAGGAACCCCCAUCCCUAUGUAGCGAUAAGAUAAAGAACCUGAGGUAAAGGCAUUGCCGUAGCUCCAUUUCCAGUUGAGUCUUCAGUGCACUGCGAGCCAGCAAAGCGAUCGGUUGAAUUCGUUCUGAAAACCCGAGAACCCAGAGAAUCCAUAAAACUAAAACUACAGAAUCAUGGACAGCAAGCAGCCUCCGCCGUACAGUGAGCAGCCCGGAUUCACGCCAGCGCAAACCUAUCAACCCGGAGGUCCCACCCAGCCACCACUGUACCCACCGAUGCCACGACCACCCCAGACUUCCACGGUGAUCAUCCAGACCACGACGACCUCCAAUCUGGUGCCCAUCGGCAGUGGACCCACCCGCAUCCGCUGUCCAUCCUGCCAAGCCGAGGUCCUGACCACCGUGAAGAGCACUCCCUCCAGCAGGACACAUUGCUGGGCUCUAAUCCUGUGCCUGUUUAUCUGCUGGCCAUGCGUAUGUCUGCCUUACUGUAUGGAUUCCUGCCAAAAUGCCAACCAUUACUGUCCCAACUGCAGUGCUUAUAUCGGCACCUACGAGAACUAACUAAUUACUUAUCUAUAUAUCUACCUUUAAAGACCUCUAAGCAUUAAACUGUAAAUACAUUCGUCACACUCUAAACAAAUGAGUCUUUAUAAAAGGAAAUAAGAAUUGCGAUAGGUUACAUGGUAUGCCAACAUUGUCUUAUUACUUUACUUGGUCGUCACACCAAAAUAUUAUUAAAACACUUUAUGCUACCUUUUUUAAUUUAAUCCAUCAGAUUAUGAAAAAGGAACUAAACACAACGGAAAAUUUAAAGAUUUAAUGGGAAUAAUAAACCACUAGCAAACGCUUUUCGACUAUUA